GCGGCUGCCGUAGGGGUUAUGCUGGUCCUGGUGCUGGUGGUCCUCAUCCCCGUGCUGGUCAGCUCCGUGGGCACAGACGCCAGCCACUAUGAGAUGCUGGGCACCUGUCGUAUGGUGUGCGACCCCUACCUGAACAAGGGCACCCCGGCCAGCAGCACCAGCUCCACCGGUCUCCAGGCCGAGGCGGAGGCGUUGAGCGACCACAGCAACGUGCUUCCACCCUCCACCUUACUGCAGGGCCCGCAGGGGAAGCCUGGCAGGCCGGGGAAGCCCGGACCACCCGGACCACCUGGAGAACCGGGGCCACCUGGACCUGCAGGCCCACCUGGUGACAGAGGGGAUCAGGGACGGACUGGGAUUUUGGGUCUGGGGGGGAACGGAGCUAUCAGCACGGCCACCUACAGCACAGUGCCUCGGGUGGCCUUCUAUGCAGGGCUUAAGAACCCCCACGAAGGCUACGAGAUUCUCAAGUUUGACGACGUGGUUACCAACCUCGGCAACAACUAUGAUGGCAUUUCGGGCAAGUUCAUCUGCAGCAUCCCCGGCACAUACUUCUUCAUCUACCACGUGCUGAUGAGAGGAGGAGAUGGAACCAGCAUGUGGGCAGACCUCUGCAAGAAUGGCCAGGUCCGUGCCAGUGCCAUCGCCCAAGACGCCGACCAGAACUACGAUUAUGCCUCCAACAGCGUCAUCCUCCAUCUGGACGCAGGCGACGAGGUUUACAUCAAACUGGACGGAGGCAAAGCCCAUGGAGGGAACAACAACAAGUACAGCACCUUCUCUGGCUUCAUCCUCUAUGCGGACUGA